AUGGCUCCUACAGCAACUAAGAAUCCCGACGACCAGCUUAUCUUGACUGUUGAGUUUUCAGGUGGCUUGGAAAUGCUCUUUGCUGACCAGCAACACCACUCACUGAAAGUUCCCAGCAAGGACGAGCAUGGCCAACCAGCCAAUCUGGCCUUUUUGAUUCAUCAUAUCUGCGAGAAUGUCAUGAAAGAUACCCGCAAGGAACUGUUUAUCCUGGAUAGCCAUCUGCGCCCGGGCAUCCUGGUUCUCGUCAACGACGCCGACUGGGAACUAGAGGGGGAAGAAGCGUAUGAGCUGAGCAAUGGCGACAACAUUCUCUUCGUAUCGACCUUGCAUGGAGGCUAG